AUGGCCGUUACACAGCUUCAUUCAUUACAGGAAGAAGAGUCAGAGGACGGGGAAAAGUUUACUCGAGUGUUACUGGUCGACUAUAGUCCUCCAUUUGACGCAGAUACAUGUGAAUACCUUCAUGAUACUUUGGUGAAUUUCUUUUCACUUGUGACGCACCUCAGCGGGCCUUGUAGAACACCAUUCUUUGGUUUGAUUGCUCUCACAAGCCCUCUUGAGAACCUUUUUAACUUACAACACGUCCGAGGAAACUUUCCAAAGCUUCACACUGCCUUUAAAGAACUUAAUAACAUCGCAAGGGAUGUUUCAUCUAGGGUCUCUUCAGGUAAGCACGUUAUCAUACAAGGGCUUAAGGAAGCUAUAACACAGUUCAAACGCCAGUCGCAAAGUUUAAGACAGAUGAGUACAUCUAGCUGCCAGCUAGAGAUUACAUUCCUCACUUGCAGAGCGGCCACGUCAGUUGUGAGACACAUCGAGGCGUUCUUCAAAGAUAUUGAGCUUGAAAGCAUAAAGAAAAUCCAGGUUGUCAUUGUGCAAAGUUCAGAGGAACUAAACAAAAAAGAAGGUGGCACUCCAUCUGAAAGUAGCAGUUCACCAGAUGGUGACGAAAGCGAGUUAUCGGAUGGUGGACUUGUAGAUGUUGUUUCCCUCGGGAAAGAUGUACUCAGUUUUGAAAACUUUUUCAAGAUUUGGCUUCUGGAUAGCAGCACAGACCAAGAACAUUUACGGAUAAUUCUGCCGAAUAAUGUCACCGAGACAAGUCUUACUCUGAAGUGUGAUCUCCACGAAUGCCUAAUGGACCCUUUUCAUCUGCCUUACCAAUCACACCUGACUGUGUGCGCAGAAUCGGCUAACGUCACCAGCAAAGGUGUAGCAAUAACAAAACCACAUGUACUAAACUAUCCAGUUCACAAUUUAACUGCAAUGAAACUCGUUAAUACAGAGGCUGUUUGCGAGUCAGUGCUCUUUGGAAUGCCAUACAUUGUUCGACCAACAGUUUGUUGGAAACUAGACUGGGAAGAACUGGAGAGCAAUCGGCAGCACUUUUAUGCUUUGUGCUCAGUACUGAAAGAACGGACCACCGGUCCCACUGUGGCUUUACGGUGUCAUCAAAUGGCGAUUACAUCCUCCUCUCCUCAAGGACAUUUCCUUUUCCUCCCUUUUGACAAUUCACUACUGUUGAAGUCUAUCGCAGUCAAGGAGUUGAUGCUACCUAGUAUUGUUCAAUCAUCAGCGGAGAAACCUUGUGAUAAUGCGCUAUCAGUUGUGGCCUCGUGUCUAGACCAGAUUGAGGUCUGCGAUUCAUACAAUCCUCUCCUUGUUCGAUCAAAUCUGUACAAGUGUCUCAUAGCUCAGUCCAUCAAGAGUAAUUCUGUUUCAAAAUCGGUGAAAAGGAGAUUUCAGGCUCCUCAGAAAUCUCAGGCUUCCAAGCAAGAGGGAAGGAGUAAUCAAUCGGUGGCAAAUCAACAAUCAAAGAGGACAACAUCUCGAGCGCAAAUGCAACAAGUGGUUUUCACAGCACCUAACGAAACCGUUUCUAACACUUCACAAAACGAGUUUAGAUCUGCGGCCGCCGUAUUUUCCUCUUCCAAACGCUUCAGAUCAAAUUCUGCGGCAAACCUAUAUAACAGCAACCCACCAGCAUUUCCUGACGACUUGUAG